AUGGAACACCGUCGUCCAGCUAAUAACAUGUGGUGGUGCGCUUUGGCCGCGAUGGCGUGCACUGUCGCAGCGUGUUCGGGCGCCAGCGUGCCGCCGACGUCAACCGUUACGGACCUGCUGUGGACCGGACUGGAAGGCGUCGUCCAGCAGAGGAGUGGGCUCAAAUCCGAGGCGAAACAAGUGCCGGAAAAACGGUGCGAGUGCCAAAGUCCGGAGCUCAAGUCGUGCGUGUGCUGCCUGAGAAUGAGUCUGCCGUUCCUGGACUUGACCACAUCUCCGGGAUGUGUCAAGUUCAAGUACGUGCCAGACAUCGAGUCGAUAGCCGUGAACGUGACUUACGGUAGAGGCAACGUCCAGAACGGUGUCAUCAAGGGAAAUAACCCAGAACCCGUGUGCAUGGACGUGCUGGUCGGAUUCGGUCAACUGUGCGCUAGAUUCGUGGGUAACUCGUCUACACCAAAAGACUUUGACGGUUGUCUAAAGUUAGAAGCUACCUUAUUAAAUGAAGUUCAAAACUCGAUUCCCAUGGGGUGCUUUAAAAUGGACCAAAAUCGAUUAAUCUUCAACUCUACAGUAGUUGAUUUUCCGGAAGACCAGUCCAACAACAGUACGGAAUCGGGAGAAGAAGAAGAGGGUGAAGAAGAGGGCGAGGAAGGUGUAGACCCCAGCGAAGAGGCGUUCAUACAGGCGUUUGGACAGACGGCCGUGCAGGGUGUCACUUGGCUGGUCCAAGUCAUGGGACUGAAUUUGAACCAGUCAACAAAUUCCGGAACCACCUCUACCUCAAAUGCACCUACUGACCAACAACAACCCACGCCCGCGAACGUUUGAUUUAAAAAUAUGAUAGGAAACUGGCAAAUUAUUGUUAAUCAUUUUCCUAUUUAAGGGGCCGAGCCUUACAACCUCGUCAACCCAACGCCCAUGAACCUAUAUUUAUUUGUUUUAUUAUUAUUAUUAUUAUUACUAUGUAGUUGGUAGUUUUUGCGCGUCCCACAUUAUUGCUUUCAAUCGUAUAAUAAUGGUAGGUAAUAAUAUAUGCUCCCAUGGGAUUUUAUUAGCAUACCUAAUAAUAUUAUUCGAGUAUAUUGUGUAUAUUACAAAUGCGGAAAUAUACAAUAUUACAUUUCGCAACAACGGUUUCCUAUAAGCGACUUUAUUUUAAUUUUACGUUUUUAUAUUAAAUUAUUUGUAUACGGUAUAAAUAUAUUAACAUGAU